AUGUCGCCGCGACGAUCGUCGCGGGCUCGUACCACCCAGCCCCCACCCAGCGUCGCAACACACAGCAACUCCUCCUCCUCCGUCUCAUCGGCGCGCACCGACCGUGCGUCGAGAGUCAACGCAAAACAGACAUCGCCUCCAAAGUCAUCAACCCCACACUCGCUCUCCUCGGAAGAGCCUGAAGAAGCGUCUCAUGACGUCCAGCCUGACCCGCCUCUAACCCGCCGACGAACACGCGAGCAUGACAAUGAUGAGAACGAAUCGGCCAAACUCGACGACGAGCUCGACGAUGAGAUAGCGGAAGAGGACGAGGUCACUCGAUGUGUGUGUGGCUACCAAGAGUACCCAGGUCCGCCAUCGGAUGCUCCCAAGUCCAUGUCUGCUCUCGUGGACCCCGACACCCAAGCCGAUGAACUUGGCGGGCUCUUCAUUCAGUGCGAUAUAUGUAAGGUCUGGCAACACGGAGGCUGUGUAGGCAUCAUGGACGAAGCUGCCAGUCCAGACGAGUACUUUUGCGAAGAGUGCAGGAAAGACCUCCACAAGGUCACAACAAGCCCCAAAGGGCAAAAGUACUCUAGAUACCUCCCCGUCUACGAUCAACAGCAUGGCAAGAAUCGCAAAUCGUCUGUUUCCAAGGAAUCAGAUGGGCAUCCAGGCAAAGACAAGGACCGCAACAACAGGGCGAGCGUAGAUUCCUUUGGCAAACGCCGAUCGACGAUGAAUAGCCGAGCUGCUUACGAUGAAGAUGAGGUGCUACGGAAGGUACUCGAAGAAAGCAAGCAUGAGGGCGGUACAGCGUCAGAGAACGGCAAUCGAAAGAAGCGGAGCCGUGACGACAGUGAAGAGACAAAGCCGGAAAUCAAACGACAGCGGACUGGUUCUCGUUCUCCCAGCAAUUCGCCAGUGAUAGAAUCCGAAGACGAUAGCACAAGAGCCUCCGCUCCGAAACAGAAACCUCGUGGGGCUGCCGCUAAGAGUCAACGCGAAAAAGAACAACGUGAAAAGGAACGUGAGAGUAGCCGAAACGAAGCCGCGAAUCGACGAAAAGGGCGUGCAGAGCGAAGAAAGGGGGACGAUAUAGAGGAACACGAACCCAGUCCCGCACCUGCCGUAGAAGAGCCCGCUAUGCCUCCGUCUGCCACCGAGGCGACAAUUCUCGACACUCCUAUGGCAGAACCCAAGCCUGCGCCUGCUCCACGAAGAGGUGGACGUCCACCACAAAAGGCUCGCGGUCGCCUUGGUCGAAAUCAGUACUCUCGCGAUACCAUACCCGCGACCAACGGCACUUCACCCAAGAACGACGUUGCACAAUCUCCGCAAGCGAAUGUCACAAACGGAGCCACCAAUGGGCACGAUAGCAGUGACGGGACAACCGGACACAAGCCUGCCAAGACGAAGAACUGGCGUCUGCAGAAGCUGUCUUGGAACGACAUACGAAGGCCGGCUGGAGCUAUGCAAAGUUACAUAGCGCAGCGACAGGUUGAGAUGGCCACUGGAGAGAAGCAUGGAAGUCUGGCUCCGGCUGUUCAACCCACAACGAACGGCGAGCCUGCUCAAGAGCAGCAGAAAGACGAGGAUACAGACCUGGCCAAGUUCAAGAAUCUGAGCACAACUCAGAUGAUGGACUUUUUGAGUCGCGAUCUCGUUCAUUGGCAGCAAAUGAUCACCGAGCCGACAGAGAAGUCGCCUAAGUGA